AUGUCUCUUGUGGCAGGAGAUGUAACAGAAUCACCGCUAGAGACCACUAGUACAUAUGAGUAUGAAGCCUCAGCUGAAACUGAAGAGCCACCUUCAGAAAGUAGUGGGUGCGUUCCCUUCCGCUACGGAGAGGAAAUUGAGACACUGGAAUCCACAGAUGCUUACCGUGCGGCUCGUCUUGCAGGGGACCAGGAUUUGCACCGUUCUCAGCCUGUUCAGAUGAAGCACCCUAGGGUGGUCAUUGGGCCGCUGGGGAGUUUUGAAGUGAACCUCUUUAUGUGUAAUCAUGUUCACAUUGAUGGUUUUGACAGGCACUCCGUAACUGAACAGCCACCGUUAGUGACCCCAGGGCCACACUUAGGACCGAUUGUGUAUGAAGCUCCAACUGAACAGCCACCAAUGAACGCCACUGCAUGUGUUCCCUUCCGACAUGAUGGAGAAAUCGUGAGCGGAUGUGUUGGCGAAGAAGGGGUGGAGGAGACAAUCGAAAUGGAGGGAGAAGGAGGAGUGAUAAACAGGGAGACAGUGAGCGGUAGAUGGUGCGCCUCAGAGGUAGACGAGAACCUGAAUGCAGUGUCAGUUAUAGCCUGCCCGACCAUACUUCCCGUAACUGAAGAGCCACCGCCAGAGACCACUCCCAUAAAUCCAUUUGAGUCUCGUGCAGUACCGAAAAAGCCUGAGUAUGAAGCUGAAACGGAACCGCCACCUCCAGAAAGCUUGUGCGUUCCCUUCCGAUACGGAGACGAAAUCGUGAGCGGAUGCGUGGGCGAGCAAGGGAAGGAGGAGAUAAUUAAGACGGAGGGAGAAGGAGGAGUGAUAACCUGGUGGACAGUGAAAGGCAGAUGGUGCGCCUCAGAAGUAGACGAGAAUCUGAAUCCCGUAACCAUUAUACUGUGGAUGCUCAUGAGGGGCUGCGUGGGCGGCCAGUGGUGCGCUGCAGAGGUGGACGAGGAUAUGAAUGUCAUGAAGGCUAUGAGCUGUCCGGAAAUUUCUUUCGUAACAGAAUCACCGCUAGAGACCACUAGUACAUAUGAGUAUGAAGCCUCAGCUGAAACGGAAGAGCCACCUUCAGAAAGUAGUGGGUGCGUUCCCUUCCGCUACGGAGAGGAAAUCGUGAGCGGAUGCCUUGGCGAGGAAGGGAAGGAGGAGACAUUUGAGUUGGUGGGAGAGGGAGGAGUGAAGUUUAAGUUGACCCUGAGCUACAGAUGGUGCGUCUCCGAAGUGGACGAGAAUUUGAAUGCCAUGAAGAUUAUAAGGUGUCCGGAAAUGGCUCUGCCACCCAUGGGCGCCGCCACUACGCCUACCGGUGAGGCAGUGACCGGACUGUGUGUUCCUUUCCGAUACGGAGGGGAAAUUGUGAGCGAAUGCAUCGGCGAGGAAGGGAAGUGGGAGGUAAUUGAGGUGGAGAGAGAAGGAGGAGUGACAGACAGCUGGACAGUGAAAGGCAAAUGGUGCGCCGCAGAAGUAGACAAGAAUAUGGAUAUCGUAUCAGUUAUACAGUGCCCAAUGGAGCAGUGCGUUCCCUUCCGAUACGGAAAGGAAAUCGUGAGCGGAUGCGUCGGCGAGGAAGGGAAGGUGGAGACAUUUGAGUUGGUGGGAGAGGGAGGAGUGAAGUUUAAGUUGACCCUGAGCUACAGAUGGUGCGUCUCCAAAGUGGACGAGAAUUUGAAUGCCAUGAAGAUUAUAAGGUGUCCGGAAAUGGCUCCUCCGCCCGAAGAACCACCAGUGGGCGCUGCCACUACGGCCACAGCUGUAAUUGAACUGCCACCUUCAGUAACCUCCAGCGAAUCCCCAGUGAGAAUGUGA